AGUAGUGCCUAGUGAAACUGUAACGUUAUUUCACCAAUUAUAUUCAAAGUGAUGUCGCUGCAAUGACAAUGACAACUUCAUUUCUUAAAACUUUGUCCUACUUACUGUGGGUUUGGUCUAGAUUUGUUGUUAGAAUUCUGUAGUGUGAUCACGAGUUGAUAGAAAAUUGUAUAUUUUAUGCAUCUAUUUUCAAUACUUUUGAAUGGUUUCAGGAGGUAAAAGUUUUGGAAAAUCCAUAUUUGAAGAAUAUAACAAGAAUGCGCAAGUGGAUAUGUUGUGCGGGUAAAAAAGGAGUUUCAGAUUCUUCAAAUGAGAACACAAAUCAAAAGAAUCAAAAACCACAAGAUCUUGCAAAGCCUAAGGAGAUUCUUCCCAUUAUAGUUCCUUCCUUGUCAGUGGAUGAGGUUAAUGAACAGACUGACAAUUUUGGACCAAAUUCUCUGAUUGGUGAGGGAUCUUAUGGAAGGGUAUACUAUGCAACUCUAAAUGAUGGAAAAGCAGUUGCUUUGAAGAAACUCGAUCUUGCACCUGAAGAUGAAACAAACACCGAGUUUUUAAGCCAGGUUUCCAUGGUUUCAAGACUAAAGCAUGAGAAUCUCAUUCAACUGGUCGGUUAUUGUGUUGAUGAAAACCUUCGUGUUCUUGCUUAUGAGUUUGCAACAAUGGGAUCAUUGCACGAUAUUCUGCAUGGUAGGAAGGGAGUUCAAGAUGCACUACCAGGUCCAACACUUGACUGGAUAACAAGGGUGAAGAUAGCCGUUGAGGCAGCUAGAGGUUUAGAAUACCUUCAUGAGAAGGUUCAGCCUCAAGUAAUACAUAGAGACAUAAGAUCUAGCAAUAUACUUCUUUUUGACGACUAUCAAGCAAAAAUUGCUGAUUUUAAUCUUUCAAAUCAAUCUCCUGAUAAUGCUGCUCGUUUACAAUCUACAAGAGUUUUGGGCAGCUUUGGCUAUUACUCUCCAGAAUAUGCUAUGACUGGAGAGUUGACACAUAAGAGUGAUGUAUAUGGUUUUGGGGUUGUACUUCUAGAGCUCUUGACAGGGAGGAAACCAGUUGACCAUACAAUGCCGCGAGGCCAACAAAGUCUUGUAACUUGGGCUACACCGAAACUUAGUGAAGAUACAGUAGAGGAGUGUGUUGAUCCAAAGCUAAAGGGAGAAUAUUCUCCUAAAUCAGUAGCUAAGCUAGCAGCGGUGGCAGCAUUGUGUGUGCAAUAUGAAUCUAAUUGUAGACCAAAAAUGAGUACAGUUGUGAAAGCUUUGCAACAACUUCUUAUAGCGACAGGCUCAAUACCGCAAUUCUAA